UGAACUUGACCCGGAAACACUUAACGGUCUAGUCACGAUAUCCUGCGUGCUUCCGGGGUUUAUAGUACAGCAAAGUUUGUGGUGUUUUUGUAUUUUUGUCCAGCUUAAAGGAAGCAAUGAACCGAAAAGAAGAAUAUGAUUCUUACGAGAUUGAGGAAGCAAGUGAUGAAGAGAGAGCAUGUAGCAGUUCUGAGGAUGAGCUGGACAUUCUUCUUAACGGAACCCCGGAUCAGAAGAAGAAGCUCAUCCGAGAGUACCUGACCGGGGAAAGUGAGUCGUCCAGUGGGGAUGAGUUUGAGAAAGAGAUGGAGGCAGAACUAAGCAGCACCAUUAAAUCUAUGGAGUGCAACUGGACGACUCCUUCUACUCAAGGUGAGACCUCUCAGGUUAGCGGUAAUACACAAAGCACAGACAGGACACGGCAGCCUCAACAAUAUGACAGCAUUUACUUUGACACGGAUUCUGAUGAAGACAGCCAAGCUGGUGUCUCCCAGAUCCAGCGAAGAAAGCAGCGCAGAGUACUUACAAAUGACGAGUUAUUAUAUGACCCAGAUGAAGAUGAUCGGGAUCAGGCUUGGGUAGACGCCAAGAGAAAAGAAUACAGGGACAGGAGCCGGAGACGACCAGCGUCAUCUGCACAGAGAAGAAACCAAUCUCAGGCUCUUCCAAGCAGUGAUGCCAUCCUCAACUGUCCUGCGUGUAUGACCACACUAUGUCUGGACUGUCAGAGACACGAGAAAUACAGGACGCAGUACAGAGCCAUGUUUGUGAUGAACUGUACAGUGAAUAAGGAUGAAGUGCUGAGGUAUAAAGCAGCAAAACAGAAGAAGCAGCGCAGGAAGAAGAGUCGUCAGGACCACAUGGCCACAUCAGCAGAGGCUAAGCCUGAGGCAGAAGCAGAAGCAGGUCUGACUGACUCCAGAUUAAGUGGGAUGGAUGAAGAAGAGGUCUAUCACCCAGUCACGUGUACAGAGUGUUCGACUGAAGUGGCUGUCUAUGAUAAAGAUGAGGUCUACCACUUCUUCAACAUUCUUGCAAGCCACUGCUGAUGAGAUACAAAGGACUCCAACACUGAGUGAAGAAUCCAAGCAGCUCCUGCUUGUUAAUGAAACACAGUUAAGAAGAAGGGUGUUCUGAAAAAGGAUUUAAUGUCUUUGAAAUGUGUACUCAUGCACAAUGAUGUAAAAUAUCUGUAAAAAUAUUCUCAUUUUGUUUCCCAUGUUUUAAAAAUGUCAUGCUUUUUUUUUUUUUUUUUUUUUAACUGGAAUGAUGCAGGACAGACAUUUGAUAUUUCCUAAACUUAAGUAUAAAGUGGUAUUACUAGCUCAUCGAUGGUUCAAGCAUGUUUAUUUCUUGUAUAAUUUGAAUAAAUCUUUUUUGAGUCUGUUGUUUUAAAUGCUUCUUUUUUUCCCCUCUUUCUUCACAGUGGUCUAAUGACAAUAGGAUGAAUAUAUUCUGGAACCUUAGAUUUCUGGAAUAGCAACUUAAUGUCUGCCUCAGUUUAGGACACAUUUGAUUUAAAUAUGUUAUUUCCAUUAUAUCUGUUGGUCAUUUGUUAUUCAUUUAACAGAGGAUUGUACUGCGUCACAGAUUUCUCCUGACAAGGACAUUUUUCUGGUAGAGUUAUUAGGUAUGACAAUGUGUCCUACUCUGAUCUUACUCCUAUUUAACACAAUAUUAGUAUAUGCACUAUGUAUUAGUAUUAUGAAUAUUGAUUACUAGUAAUGCCUGAUUGUUACUAUACACUAAUUACUGUUGUCAUAUUGUGCCCAGAUAGAAGACAGUAUAACCAGUAUAGAAUAUUUACCUACAACACAUGAUACCCACUGUCCACUUGGACUGAAAUUCUACACUCACUGAGCACUUUAUUAGGAACACGACACUAAUACUGGCUCGGGCCUCCUUUUGCACAUUUCUUGUUAAGACAAUGAUUGCCAAAACCUACAGUAGAAGCUAUUUAUACAAGUCUUUUUUCAUUUUGCUUUUUAUACACAAAUUCACCAGCUAUGUUUCCCCAAGCCUAUGAUUCACACAGCCCCACGACAGCCCUAUCAGCUCAUCUCUACGUCACUAAGAUUUCCACCAAUCAGCUCUCUUUACAGAAACCGGAAGGGAGCGGAGGCGUCAAGACGAACAAGACAAGCUAACAACAUGGCGUUGGGAGAUGCUUGGAAACAAAUAUCUUGGUUUUACUACCAGUAUCUUCUUGUCACUGCACUGUACAUGUUGGAGCCUUGGGAGCGAACCGUCUUCAAUUCUCUCCUGAUAUCUGUAGCAGCCAUGGCGGUAUACACUGGCUUCGUGUUUAUGCCGCAGCACAUCAUGGCCAUUUUACACUACUUCGAAGUGAUCCAAUGACCAGCUCUCCAACCCUUCAGGCUGCCACGUGGUUUCCCCUGGUGGUUUGAAACAGUUCUCCUGUAAGGCCUUUUUCUCUUUGCCUUUGCCUACUGGAAUCACAAAGCAUUUGGUGACCUGAAACUGGGGAAUUCCGAUGACGCAGGCAGAGGAAUCAUAUAAACCAGUCCACGUCUGUGGCUAUGAGCCCUGUAUAAGUGCACAGCCUCGAAGACUCUAAGCUCAUACUGCCCUGUUAGUAAAUGGUAUAUACAUUGUAUAUAUAAUGCUGCAGUUUUUAUAAUACUACUAUUUUUUUUUUUUGCUUUGAGGGCAGUGGUUUAUUGAGAACAUUAAAUAUUUUGUGAUAAUAAAUGUGUAUAUUUCAGUGUAUACAUAUUUGUAACUGUUUUAUAAAAAUUUAUUUUGACUGGUGAUUAAAUGAUUUUGUUUGCCACAGUUGAGCAUUGUAUACACUGUAUGCAUUGUAUAGAAUUUGUUUCCUUUUUCUCGAUGACCUUCUGUGUGAGCCGAUGCAGAGUUCUGCCUGUACAGUAAAUUGAUUCAGGCUGCUAUUUUAAAACUAAACUGGAUAGUAACCCUCUGGUUCCUUCUCCAUAUUAUUAAAAAAAAACUAACCCAGUAAAAA